AUAUGGCGAAACCAGUUAGUCGCCUCCCAGAGCAGCCAGCGAACGCAACUCGUUUCGAUCCAUUCAAAGCCCGAUUCGCCGCGAUCGUCAGUGCCAUUAAACACACAGUGGCAAUAGCAAAGUAAAAGAUAAAGAUAAAAUAAUAAAAGCAAUAUAAAGGCCGAGCGAGAAGGCUGUGAAAAAAACAAAGCACAUUCAGUUAAAGAUUACAGAGUUCCCAUGCCAAAGCCGAGUGCAAGUGAAGUGAAACGAGAACGCAGUUGAAUAGGAAAUGUAUUGAGAUAUCAGAAUGCAAAUGUGCCGAGCAUAGAAUCGCAAAGCGUGAAAUUAAAACUAAAAUUAACAGACACUCGCAACAAGUCGGAGAUUGAGAACGAGGGCUAGACAGUAGACACUCACUCCAAGUAACUCCAAGUGACACCAAGCUCCGAAUGACUAUGACUUCAACGGUGCUGCAGCGGCCAGUCCAAGCCAAGUCAGAGAGACACCACCACCAGACUGGUGCCAGCUCGAAGCCCACCAAGGCAGCCAACUCGACGCGAAGCAGCCGCUCCACGAUGGCCUGGUCGAAUGAGAAACUGCGCUUCUCCUGCAUCGACAACAUUGGCCUGAAGCAGCUAUGGAAACUGAUUGCCCUGGACACGACCAGUGCCUCCUCGAAGCAGCGGAGUGCCAUGGUACUGGAACUGGAGCAACAGCAGCAGCAGCAACAACCAUCGAUCGGUGGCAACAACAAUAAUAAUAACGAGCGGAUUCCCUACGAGAACUGCGACAACUUGGCCGACUAUUUGAGCCUCCAAAGAGCGGCACAGGCCCAACAUCACAUCCAGUCCCAGUCCCAGAUGUCACUGCUCAAGUUCUUGGCCAUUAAUGCUCUCGAACUGAGUGCCCCAGCCACGCCACAUCUUCUCCAGCACCAGCAGACCCAAAAUCAGGGCAAGCCCCAGGGCUGGAUGCAGCUUUCCGGCCACCCAGAAAGUAUUGUGCCGACAUCCACGGGAAUUGUGCGGAAACGCAUCGCCGGUGUCGAGGACAGCGAAGUGCGCGCCUACAGACUCAUCUGCCAGGAGCCGCAGACGGCUCAGAUAGUGCCCGCCUACUUUGGGAUGCGGGAGUUGCAGGGACAGCACUACAUCGAGCUGCAGGACCUGCUCUCCGGCUAUCGGGAUCCGUGCGUGAUGGACAUCAAGAUGGGCUGCCGCACUUUCCUCGAGUCGGAGGUGAGCAACGCCACCCUGCGUCCGGAUCUCUACCAGAAGAUGAUGGCCGUGGACCCUGCAGCUCCCACGCAGGCGGAGCACGAUGCGCAGGCCAUCACCAAGCUGCGGUACAUGACCUUCCGGGAGUCUCUCUCCUCUUCCCAGUCCAAGGGCUUCCGGAUCGAGGCCCUGCGCCUGCGCGGACGUUCGCCUGUCAAGGAUUUGAAGACCUGCCGGAGCAGCGACCAGAUUGCCCAGACCAUCGAACAGUUCCUGGCCGCCCGGCGAUCGGUGCAGAAGGAGUUGCUGAAGCGGCUGAAGCACAUGCGCCUCGUCAUGGAGCAGUCCGCCUUCUUCGCCCACCACGAGAUCGUUGGCUCCAGCAUUUUCAUCGUCUACGACGACGAGCGAGUGGGCGUCUGGCUGAUCGACUUCGCCAAGAGCCGGGAGCUGCCCCCCCAGGUGAGGGUGGACCAUCGCAGCUCCUGGACGCCGGGCAACCGGGAGGAGGGCCUGCUCCGGGGCAUGGACGAGCUGAUUCGUGCCUUCGAGGAUGUCUACGCCCGCAGCGUCAGCCAUCGCGGCUGCCUCAAGAUUUAAGGCACUGCAGCUGGAUCUGCACCACAAGACUGAUCAUCGAGCUCCAUUUGUACAGAUAGAAAAAUCAGAGAAGAUUGAAGAAAAGCACUCAUCGCAUUGCCCGGGGAGCGCCCCAUCCUAUGUUACCUAGUAUUUUCCAUAUUGGAAAACGUAUAAGACUAGCUGGAGGAGAAAAGAACGAUUAGUAUUGAUCACCAAGCAGCAUUUGUUUGAUUGAAACAGGUCUAAAAUAAGUAUUUGUAAAAUGAAAAACAAUCUGAAUCUGAACGCAAAAUAUAAACACAUAUAUGAAGUAUA